CAAAUAAUUUUACCUGUAUAGGAACUGGAUUUUGAAGCUAAGACAAGCUAUACCCUGAGGAUAGAAGCAGCGAAUAUGCAUGUUGACCCUCGCUUCCUGAGUCUAGGACCCUUCAGUGACAUGACAACAGUGAAGAUAAUUAUAGAAGAUGUUGAUGAACCACCUGUGUUCACUUCACGUUUGUACUCCAUGGUGGUGUCUGAAGCAGCAAAGGUCGGCACUAUCAUUGGAACUGUAGCAGCUCAUGAUCCAGAUGCCUCAAAUAGUCCUGUCAGGUACUCAAUAGAUCGAAACACAGACCUGGAGAGGUAUUUCAAUAUUGAUGCCAACAGUGGAGUCAUUACAACUGCCAAACCUUUGGACAGGGAAACUAAUGCUGUUCAUAACAUCACAGUUUUGGCUAUAGAGAGUCAGAAUCCAGCACAGAUUGGGAGAGGCUAUGUAGCCAUCACUAUCCUUGACAUCAAUGACAAUGCCCCUGAGUUUGCUAUGGAGUAUGAGACAACUGUCUGUGAAAAUGCUCAACCUGGUCAGGUGAUCCAGAAAAUCAGUGCAAUUGAUAAAGAUGACCCACCAAAUGGCCAUCAGUUCUACUUCAGUUUAACAGCAGAGGCAGCAAAUAACCACAAUUUUACACUGCAGGACAACAAAGAUAACACUGCGACAAUAUUAACCAGAAGAAAUGGAUUCCGAAGACAGGAACAGUCUGUCUUCUACUUGCCAAUAUUCAUUGUGGACAGUGGAUCACCUUCACUUAGUAGUACUAAUACCCUCACGAUCAGAGUCUGUGAUUGUGAUGCAGAUGGUAUUGCUCAGACAUGCAAUGCAGAAGCAUAUAUCUUGCCUGCAGGACUUAGCACUGGAGCCCUGAUAGCAAUAUUGGCUUGUGUCUUGACGCUGCUAGUUCUUGUCUUGCUGAUUGUCACCAUGAGGAGACGGAAAAAAGAGCCCCUCAUUUUUGAUGAAGAGAGAGAUAUCAGAGAGAACAUUGUCAGGUAUGAUGAUGAGGGUGGUGGAGAAGAAGACACCGAGGCUUUUGACAUGGCAGCCUUGAGAAACCUUAACAUCAUCCGAGACACCAAGACCAGAAGGGAUGUGACACCUGAGAUUCAGUUCUUGAGCAGACCAACUUUUAAAAGCAUUCCAGAUAAUGUCAUUUUUAGGGAAUUUAUCUGGGAAAGACUAAAAGAAGCUGAUGUGGACCCCUGCGCGCCACCCUACGACUCCCUGCAGACAUACGCGUUUGAGGGGAAUGGUUCAGUGGCAGAGUCACUCAGUUCUUUAGAUUCAAUCAGCUCAAACUCUGACCAGAACUACGAUUACCUCAGUGACUGGGGCCCUCGCUUUAAAAGGCUUGCGGAUAUGUAUGGGACUGGACCAGACUGCUUAUAUUCAUAGCCUUGGAACCUUUCUCUGAAAAUGCACUGAAGAAUACUAAAACCGAAAACUCAACCUUACAGAC